AUGAUUGCGUCGACACGGACGGCGCCCACGACGGACAUGCGACCUUCCGGAGGCAGCAAACCCCGCCCCAAGACAGCGCACUGUGCGCUCAAGGCGGUGCUGCCAACGUACACCCGACCAGCGCCCCCCUCGCUACCAACGCCGCUGUGUAAAGGCCAACGCCACACGCCGCAACUCCCAGUCUGCGCGCCGUCGCCCAAGAGCGAGUUCCGUAAACCGAUCAUAGUCGUCAGUAAGCAUGCAAUCGAGAUGUCGAUUCCGCGCCCCAAGAACGGCGAAGACCCCCAGACGCCGGACCGAUCCCGGAUCCAGCGGCUCGCCAAGCACACACCCGGCCAAACGAUCUUCCACGCGGACAUUGACUUUGACGGCCUCCGUCCGCUGAUCGACAUUGCGUAUUGGUCGAGCUUUCCUGACGUUCGGCGCGACGCGGCGGCUGCUUUCUGCACGCUGAGCAAAAAUGCGGCCAACCUGGAAGUGAUGGCCCAAGCCGGUGCGCUCGGCGCUGCGCUUUCACUCAUUGCCAACACAAAAGCUACGAUGGACCUCGCCAUCUUGCGCGAUGCCACCGACACGCUCGCCGAGCUCGUGCAGCUACCGAGCAUGCAGCACAAGCUGCUCUCAGCUCCCACAGGAAUCUCGACAGUGUUUUCAAUUCUCCGCAUCGCCGACGUACGCGUCAAGCGUGCGGCGCUCAAGCUUGUUGCCCAUCUGUUGGAAGUACCCGACGCAUCGGCCCAGCUCGUGGCCCACGGCGGCUUUCUCACGCUGCUGCAUUUUGUGCAAGCGCUCACGUGUCGCAGAGAUCGGCAGCUCAAGCGCACGGCGGCAAGUCUGCUCUUGCGGCUCGCAACGCCAGAAGACAACAAGGCCAAAAUCGCCGAAGACGACGCAAUCCCACAGCUCUGCGCGCUCUUCCAGGACCCGUACCUCGAGGUCGAUGCGGGCUUUCGAAAAGCGCUCCUGGACUGCAUUUUGGCACUUAGCACCGAGCGACACGCGGCCCGACGGCUCUUGGAAUGCCGCAUCGUGCCGGCGCUGCUCUUUAUCCUCACAACGGCGAGGAACCUCGAGCUCUCGCUGGUGGUGCUCUCAGUCCUCGAACAGUUCAGCGCCGACCCCCGCUUGGCGCUGCCCCUUCUGCAGCACGACGUGAUCCCGACACUCGUGACGGUCGGGUUUGCAACCGACGAGUCGAACGCACUGUAUCGGCCGGGCAUGAGCAAGGCGCUAAGUAUUCUUCUUCAGCUGUUAAAGCGGGAGGAAGCUCACGCCGUCGCGACGGAUGUCGGGAUCGUCGACCGCAUCUCACAGUACAAGCUUUUCCUAGCCCCCGAGCGAAGCGUGCGCGACCACAGCAUUGGCAUUCUUGUGCUACUUGCCAAGCGGAUGCCCUUGCCCAAGCGGCCGUAUAACCCGCAGGAUCGUGAGGGCAGUCAGGCGUGUCAUCUGGAGCUGAUUGCCAGGGGGUAUCUCCACUGCGCCUUUGCGAUCCUCAGUCGCCCAACGCCGGGGCCCAAGGAUGCGUGGCGGGAGGGCGACGACGAAAUGAUCCAUGCCAAGGUGCUCUUACUGCAAGCGCUGUCGCACCUCUCGGAGAGCGACAAUGUGCGGCUUUUGCUCUGUAAACCGCCAGUUUUGGAAGCGAUCCUCGCCAUCGCGCGCCACAAGCUCGUGCUCGCAAGCUGCGCAAAGCUGCUGGCGGACCUCGCGACCAAACCCGACAACGUACCCAAGCUACUGGAGCCCCGACUGCAGCUCUUUCUACUGAAGUGUAUUGCCCCGUCGUGCCGUGACGACGACGUUCGCUAUGAAGGCGCGCGGGCUUUUGCGGCGCUCUCGCUAUUGGAGCAAGCCAAGGAGCACUUGGUCGCAACGGGUGUUGUGAGCUUUCUCCAGCGACUCGCCAAGCACGUGCGCUGUGAGAUUCCACUGCUGCGAAGCACGGCGCUGCUCGCCCAAGCAACCGUUGAGCGCCUCAAGCACGACGCGGCGGCGCUGCGUAUUCAGAGCGUCAUGCGCAACUGGCGCGCCAAGCACGCCGCCGCCGGUGUCAAAGAGGCGGCAGCGACCGCGUUGCAGUCGCCACGGCGCCGGCGCUUCCAGCAACUGGCGCUGCGGGCGACGCGCCUUGUGGCGGCCGAGCACGAAACGCAGGCGAGCAUCCAGCAUCGUUUUCUGGCCAAGUCGACGUCGUCGUACCGUUGAACCAGUUGUCGACUCAAGAAUGCAGGGCCACGUACGGAUUCGGCCUGUUCCAAAGCGCUGUGGCGCGCGAUCAAGGCUGAGGCAGCGGUAUCUGUCGGGAUAGAUGGAUAAAUAGAUAGCAAAUACUAGUACUGCGUAUGCGUUGAU